AUGGAAAAAUCAGAGAAAAGGACAGUUGGAAAUAAAGAGUUGAGUGAAAGAGGUCAAUGGAGCAAUAAAGUGGACUUUCUAUUGGCUGUGGCAGGAAAUAUUGUUGGUCUGGGCAACGUCUGGAGAUUCCCAUACCUGUGUUUCAAAAAUGGAGGAGGUGCAUUCUUGAUACCUUACAUUCUCUUUGCUGUGACUUGUGGUGUGCCACUCUUUGUGCUUUCUUUCGGCCAGUACACAAAGCAGAGUCCAGUAAAAUCCUGGGGAAGACUCUGUCCAUUAGCAGAAGGUUUAGGUCACGGAGGUUGUGUAACUACACUGUACAGCUGCGUUUCUUAUAAUAUUAUUCUGGCCUGGAGUCUUUUCUACUUCAUAGCAUCUUUGGGCUCCCAGUUACCAUGGAUCACUUUUUUGAUCAAUGUGACUGUCAACAACACUCAAGGAAAUUUCAGUAUUUCUUCUGUCAUUGAAUUCUGGGAAGGCAGAGUGCUGAACAUAUCCCAAGGCAUUGAGAUACUGGGUAAUUUGAACUGGGAGAUUUUUCUCUGUUUACUGGCUAGUUGGGUGGCCUGUUACUUCUGCAUCUGGAAAGGGGUCAAGUCAACUGGAAAGGCAGUGUAUUUUACAGCCAUCUUUCCAUAUGUGAUGAUGUUCGUGCUGCUUUUAAGAACUCUAACUUUACCUGGUGCGACGAAUGGUAUAAAGUGUUAUCUGUACCCACAUCCCUCACGGCUUACAGACCCACAGGUUUGGAUUGAUGCAGGGAUUUUCUUCUCCUACGGUUUGGCAACUGGCAGCUUAUCUGUUCUUGGAAGUUACAAUAGUUACAAAAUCAACUGCUAUAGGUGAGCACCCAGCAAAAAGAGAUAAUGAUUGCAAUGUUUUUCUUGUCUUGGAAUUAUGACCUAUAUUAUAACCUACCCUCAGGCAGUAGCCAUGAUGCCUAUGCCACAACUGUGGUCAGCCUGCUUCUUUAUCAUGUUGAUUUUAUUGGGCCUGGAUUCACAGUUUGUUGGACUUGAGCUGGUAGCAUCCUCUGCAAUUGAUAUGUUCCGAGCUGUACUACAGAGGCCUUACAGGAGGGAGCUCUUUCUUUUAUUCUUCUGCAUUGCCUGCUUCUGCUUUCAGAUUCUAAUGACAACCCAGGGAGGAGUUUUCAUCUUCCAACUUAUUGAUUAUUAUGGUAGUAGUGGUGCUUGCUUACUUUUUAUGGGUCUGAUUGAAACUGUAGUAAUUGGCUGGAUUUUUGGAGCUGAUCGCAUGUUUAACGUCAUUGAGGAUAUGUGUGAUAAACCACCGAGUGCAUUCUUGAAAUACUGCUGGUGUUAUUUCACACCACUGAUGUGCCUUGGAGCUUUCAUUUUUAAUCUGGCAAGCUAUAAGCCCCUCAUGUAUAAGAAUGUUUACGUAUAUCCAGACUGGGCUUAUGGUCUUGGAUGGCUCAUGAUCUCAUUUUCUCCUAUUCUGGUCAUUACAUGGGGAUUGGUGAAGCUAUACACCCACUCAAGUUCACUAAAACAGAGUUUUAAAAGUAUAUGUACUCCAGAUGACAAACUCCCGAUGCCAAGAGCACAGCUGCAGAUUAGUGAGACUCUAAUGGCAGGAAUUUGA